AUGGCGGCGAGGUGGAGACAUAGAGACGUUGUUGAGUUCCUUGUGAACGAAGGUGCAGAUUUGUCACUUGUGGACCAAUUCCAUAACAACGUCCUCCACGGUGCCUGUAUCGGAGGAGAUGUGCAGAUUGUGAGCUAUCUUCUCUCACGGGACGUGUUGGACAUCAACAGUAAGGGACAUAACGGAAAAACGUCAUUGAUGUUGGCCGCAAUCCAUAAGCAUAGCGGAGUGGUGGACUUGCUUCUUUUGGAAGGAGCUGACAUGUCACCAGUCGACAAUUCCGGUAACAACGUCCUCCACUGCGCCUGUCUUGGAGGAAAUGUGAUGGUUGUGCAGCAUCUUCUGUCACGUGGUCGAGCAGGCAUUUAUGCCAGGAACAAAGGCGGUAAGACAGCAGCCGACCUAGCCAGAGACAAAGGUUUUGGUAGAAUAAAUGAUCUUCUUGCUUCAUUUGGCGUUUACAAGUAA